AUGGCCUUUUCCAGCAGAUUCUUCUCCCUUUGGUUUUGCUGCUUUGCCUGGCUGGGUUUUUCUAUUAGCUUUGGCUCUCAGGCUUCUAAGGGAGAAGCUCAGAUUGCAGCCAAUGCUGAGUUGGAACCUGAGGCUGAGCCUUGGUCCUUGCUGCAGCCUCUGGAUGGGAGAGACAGAUCUGGCCUCCUUCCCCCUCUCUUCAAGAUUCUAUCUGAUGAGCGAGGUGGAGCUCCUAGGCUGCAGCCUGACUCCAGAGCUUUGCGCUACAUGAAGAGGCUCUAUAAGGCUUAUGCCACCAAGGAAGGAAUCCCUAAAUCCAACAGAAGUCAUCUCUACAAUACUGUUCGGCUCUUCACACCCUGGGCCCAGCACAAGCAAACUCCUGGGAUCCAGGUGACAGGAAUCCUGCUGUCCGCGGAGCUGCUGUUUAACCUGGAUAGUGUUACUGCUCUGGAACACUUACUCAAGUCGGUCUUGCUAUACACAUUCAACAGCUCUGGUUCUUUUCCCUCUGUUGUGAAAUGUGUGUGCAACUUGGUGGUCACGGAACCAAAGCCUUCCAGAGCUCCCUACUCACUUACCUUGAGCUCACAGCUUGAAUUUAGAAAGAAACGCAAGUGGAUCGAGAUCGAUGUGACCACUCUCCUUCAGCCUCUAGUGGCCUCCCACAGACGAAAUAUCCACCUGUCUGUGAAUUUUGUAUGUGAGAAAGACCAGCUGCAGCAUCUUUCCACACAGAACAGCCCCUUUAACAGGUCUCUUCUGGUACCCCCGUCGCUGCUCUUGUACCUGAAUGACACAAGUGCUCAGGCUUAUCAUAGGUGGGUUUCUCUCCACUAUAAAAGAAGCCCUUUACAAAGUCCUGACCAGAGACGCCUGGCUGCACAGCCCGUGGGGGAAGAGGCUGCUGAGUGUGUAAGAACGGCCCGUCACCGGAGAGGGCAGGAAACUGUCUACUCUAAACUGAAAGAGCCCCUGGUUCCAGCUUCCUUCAAUCUGAGUGAAUACUUUAAACAAUUCCUGUUUCCCCAAAACGAGUGUGAGCUCCAUGACUUUCGGCUUAGCUUUAGUCAGCUGAAGUGGGACAACUGGAUUGUGGCCCCACACAGAUACAACCCCCGCUACUGUAAAGGAGACUGUCCAAGGGCAGUUGGGCAUCGCUAUGGCUCCCCAGUUCACACCAUGGUGCAGAACAUCAUCCACGAGAAGCUGGACUCCUCAGUACCAUGGCCAUCAUGUGUACCUGCCAAAUACAGCCCCUUGAGUGUUUUGACCAUAGAGCCUGAUGGUUCAAUUGCUUAUAAAGAAUACGAAGACAUGAUAGCCACUAAGUGCACCUGCCGCUAA